CCCCCUUAUAUACACGGGUUGGCGUCCUGCGGCUUACAGAGUCCCGGCCGGCUCAUAAACAGUGUCCGGCUCGGUGACUAGUCAAAUCUACCUUACAAUACAAGUCAUGCCAUUGUGGCGGUUUACUACAACGGGCCUCCAGUCGCUGGUGGCCUUUAGGCCCUUUAUUGAAUCGCCAUCUUAAUGCUUGGUCUUGGGCUUCUUUCUGACGAGUCUUCCUUGUGUAACUCGGCCCCUCCUAGGCGGCUUACACAAAUAGUUAUAUCCCCAACAUUAGUCCCCAGAUUGAUUUGAACCGGUUCAUGUCAAUCGUAAAAUACCUUAAAAAAUAAACUUUCAGCCUUCUGCUCGUGUAAAGGUUUUUAACCCGCCAUGAUGUCAUUCUCUGGAUCCGUGUUAGCCCGUCGUGACGUCAUCUUUACUUAAAUUCAUUUUUUACACCGCCAUAUCUUCCAAUGGAUCUUUGCUUUUACUGACCGCUCCGAAAACUGAGGCGUCGGGGCCGCUGGAUAAUGAUGUUUAGUCUCCUUGUUUCUCGCACCGUCCCGGUUAGCCCUUCCGAUAAAUAGGCUCGACCUAGGUCAUCUCCAUUUUCUUCCUCAGUCGUUCAUCUUCUUCCUCUCGUUGUCUCUCUGCUGCUCGAGUUCUGCCGCCGCCGUCGUCGCAGAUCUCCUCGUCCUCACCAACUCAGGUCGCUGCGUCAACCUGACUUGACUAGAAAAAUGCGACGGACCUCUACAGCAACUCCGCAUCUGUAAGUUUCCUCCUUCUUGUUGCUUAGAUCCGCAUUCAGUCUUCUUCGAGUUCGUCGGCGUUCGUAAUAGCUUGAGUCAAACCCUCGAUCGUUUUUUACCUCCAAUGCCCCCUUUUGAUCUUCAGAUAAUGUAGAACAGUUGCGGUGGUUAUUUCACACCCGUUUCCAACUGCAAAUAGAUCCCUUUCUGUGUACAGAAGCCUUGUUUAGCACUGAUGAACUUAUCUGUACUAGUUUUAGGUCUAGAAAUUUUUUCUUUUUGUGCACCUGUUUGAUCCAAAAUAAUAUCCGCCAACUGUGAAACCUGUUUCUGUUAAGCCCAUUUAACUCUAGCGGCCCUCCUUGCCGGUUUAAAAUAGACAACGUUAAUUGACAACCUUGCCAGCUCCUGGCAACUUAAAAUGUCUUUUAACUAUUACUGAUUCCCAUAGCGGCUUAAGAAACCAGAUAUAAUCAACCAUAUGUCAUUAGGCCCCUUCUUAAGUCGCCAUCUUGAUUAAACUUAACAUGCUUUUCUCUGGGUUAAAUUUGAACCGGAACAUCUUAUUUUGUUAUAGGCUUCAAUUUACGUAAUGGCACCCAAGGCUCCUAAAGCUCCCGUGACCUGCAACUUGUUUAAAUCCACUGUUACAGAGAGCAUCUUGUCUGAUUUUGUGAAAUCUGACCAUCUGCCCAAGACGAAGAAGGUCAUAUCUUAUCGUGCUCCUAACCCGUCGGAGGAGAAGCCUCAACCUAAAAAAGGGGAGGUAAUCAUGUUUACUAAUCACAUGAACCGGGGCUUCGGUCCACCCGGUUCAAAAUUCUUCAGGGAUGUUUUGCAUUUAUUUGACCUCAGACCUCAAGACAUCGGGCCCAAUUCUGUGUCAAACAUCUGCAACUUCCAAGUCUUUUGCGAGGUGUACCUUGGAGAAGAGCCCAAUAUACUUCUAUUCAGAGAGUUGUUCUAUUCAAACCGGUAGAAUGAACGUGCCAACGGGCCCAGCCUUGAACUUGGUGGCAUCUCGAUUCAGUGGCGGAGAGACUGCCUUUUUCCCUAUGCUGAACUGCCGAGUCACCCAAAGGAUUGGAAUCAGACGCGGUUCUACUGCCAAGCCACUUCUCCGACUGAAGAAAAUCCUUUGCCCGGCUUCCGUGCCCUGCGCCUUGAGUCCAAGCACAUGCUGCCGAAUAAACGGACUACUGUUGAACGUCUGUCACUUUCUCCCACUAUUAGAAAAAUCAAAGCUCUUUUGGGAAACGGCCUAGACGGCAUUGACUUGGUCCGAGUCUAGGUUACUUGGCGAGUGCUUCCGUUAAGCCGCCGCCCCGGCUUAAUGUGCACUUACUCCAGCGAGACAGAUGGCCCACUGCGUCAUAGCCCCGAUGACUUACCAGAAGAUGUGGUGGAAGCCAUGAUCCAAUCGUUGUUGAAAGAGGGCACGGUGAUUAGUAAUGCCUUUGGCUUACUUCCCUGCAAGAAGAACCCGGCCCCUGCUGUCGAUGACAACUUCUGGAAGGUCAAAUAUGACCAUGAGGCGACCAAACAAGCCAGAGCGGCAAAGAGAGCUGAAAGGAAAGCCGCCAAAACAGGAACUUCAAGGAAGAAGAGGCCAAGCGCUUUGGAUUUGCUCAAAUUGGAUGACACUUCUAAUGAAGAAGAGGAGGAUACGGGGAACAGCCAAGCAAUUGACGAAGAGCGUGCAAGUGAAGCCCAACAAGAGGGCAAAAAAGAGUAAGCCGUCCCGAGACCCGGUCGUGACUGAACCGGAGCUUGGCACGACUGCUCCUGAUAGUUCUACCCAUCAACCGCCGCCUGAACCAGCCUGUGACAUUCCAGCACCAACCUCUGAUCCACACAUUGAAGACACUCUCAAUAGCUUUGAUAACCCGGAAGCUCCUAGCCCGGUCAAGACAGUUGAUCCGGACAUUGAGAUUCUGAAGACUCACUUUGUUGAGCCAGGGCGACCCACCGUUCUUGCCAAGUGCUCUGCUAAGGAGGAACUUCUGGAACGCCGAAAGGCCAAGCUAGAUAUUGCUGACUAUACUCAUUUGAGUAUUGGAGAUAUAGUCUCUGGCUAUCUCAAUCAAGUACAUAGCAGCCGUGACCUGGAAAUUGGCAUGGUGAAGCAAAUAAAGCAAAAAUCUGAGGCCACCAUAAGUCAAUUUGAGUCGGAGAUGACUGACCUGAAGAACCGCCUGGCUGCUCAAGAACUUGAAAUUCAAAAGGCCAACUCCAAAUUUGAAUUCAGUGUCUGUGAACAAGAGAAGCUGAAGAAGAAUUUUGAGGCAGAGAAGAAAAUUUGGGCUCAUGAAAAGGCUUCACUGGUGACCCGGGCUGAGACGGCAGAGGCAUUACUUGCAGAAGCAACAACGGAGCUAUCCGGCUUAAAACGCCAGAUAUCUCAAAUGGUCUCAACAAUCUUUGGUCCUACGAGCACAAACCUCAAGCAGAACAUGUUGAUCAAGCUGAAGGCGGUUUAUACUCUUGUGGAGGAGCUCUACAGCGGGUCACAACGUGCUCUCGCCAUUGUAGCUUUAUCAGAUGACGUUCCUCACCUCCUGCAAAACGUAUUGAAACGGCUUGCUUCACUACCUCAACGGAUCCAAGAUCUAAGGCGGGCAUCCGCAAGAGCCGGGGCCGUAGCUGCGUUGAGCCGGGCGAAAGUCUGGAUUCCGGAACUAGACCCGACCGACCUCGCUCUUGGAUAACCCAGUCUUAAAGAAGAUGGGAUCGUAUUUGAUGGACAUGACUUCACCGCCUGUGUCAAAGUUAUACGCCCCGUGGCCACUCUUAUUGGGAACGAUACUGAUCUUACCAAGUAUCAGCCGGGCUAUGACAACGAGAAUCGGAGAAUCCCAACACCUCCCUUUGAUGAAGUCAGCCUGAUCCCUCCAACUCGUAAGCAUACCUUUGCCCCUGAAGUGGACCCAUCCGGUUUAAUAGAUGAUGAAGCCGAAUUUGAAGCCUUGAACGGCAUUGACCGGGCCUCGUCAACUUUCCAGGACAAAGCAGCCGACGGAGAAGCGGAGCAGGAUAACCCGGAGCAUUCAAGCCUGCCAAAAGAGUGAAACGCCAGGUGUUUAUGACUUUGCAAAACAAUGCUUCAUUAUUCAGACUCGGGGAGUCUUGUAAUAGGGUAGAAAAACCUCUUCAAUUUUGUCAUGCCUUCGCGCAUGUUUAUGGCGCUUAAUACUUUCGUAAACCGCCAUCUCUAUAUAUACUUCCAACUUAUAUUGAUCUUUUAUCUUCUUGAUGUCAAA